AAAUCAAUUUCAGGCUACCUGAACUUUCACAUCAUUGAUUCUGGUGAGUGUCAUAUUGCUAAAGACUCCCUAUAAAUUAUUUUGAAAAAUUAUAGCCUCUGUGGACCUUGCUGUAUCUGUUGUCCUUGGUCUUAUUGUGCACCCCCCUGUUUAUGUGUGGUUUCUUGGAUUAAAACUAUUAGUUUUGUCCGGCGUUCGCGCGCGCCGGCUGCUGGCGGCGGGAAUAUGGCGGCGUCCUCAGGUUCCGAGAAAGAAAAGGAGCGGUCUGGAGGGGGCUCUGGAGCGGCCGGCGGUAACAGCACGCGAGAGCGGCUGCUGUCGGCGCUGGAAGAUCUGGAGGUCUUGUCGAGGGAACUUAUAGAAAUGCUGGCAAUUUCAAGAAACCAAAAGAUGUUACACCAGCCUGGAGAGGAAAACCAGAUCCUGGAGUUGUUAAUUCACAGAGAUGGGGAAUUUCAAGAACUGAUGAAAUUGGCACUUAAUCAGGGAAAAAUCCAUCAUGAAAUGCAAGUUUUAGAAAAAGAAGUAGAAAAGAGAGACAGUGAUAUUCAGCAACUACAAAAACAGCUAAAGGAAGCAGAACAAAUACUGGCAACAGCUGUUUACCAAGCAAAAGAAAAGCUCAAAUCAAUAGAAAAAGCAAGAAAAGGUUCUAUCUCCUCCGAAGAAAUAAUUAAAUAUGCACAUAGGAUUAGUGCAAGUAAUGCUGUGUGUGCCCCACUGACCUGGGUUCCAGGGGACCCACGGAGACCAUACCCAACUGAUCUAGAGAUGAGAAGUGGGUUAUUGGGUCAGAUGAACAAUCCUUCAACUAAUGGUGUGAAUGGUCAUUUACCAGGAGAUGCACUUGCAGCAGGCAGAUUGCCAGAUGUUCUUGCUCCACAGUAUCCGUGGCAAUCAAAUGAUAUGUCAGUGAAUAUGUUACCACCAAAUCACAGUAAUGACUUUUUGUUGGAACCUCCUGGGCAUAAUAAAGAAAAUGAAGAUGAUGUAGAGGUGAUGUCAACGGACUCCUCAAGCAAUAGUAGUGACUCUGAUUAAAAAGGCAUAAAAGACAAAAAGCAUACAGAAUUGGGUAUUGUAGAUUUCUUUUCCUUAAACAAUAGCAGAGAAAUGUAAACUGCAAACCCGUUAGAAUAGCCAGAUAAAUACUGGUUAAAGCAGAAUUGUGCAACCAGUUAAAAAUAAGAGUGGGCUUUCUUUAUAAAGCCACAAGUAAUGGUUUCAGUUCUAAUCCACUGUAUGUGUAGGAAAUCUCAAAAUUUACUGUUGCUAGAAAUGAUUAUUCAGUUGUUCGGUGCUGUCUUACCCUGUUCUAUUCCAGUUGUCUUGGACUUGUACGUAGUAGUAAUGGAAAUGAGACUUAAGAGAAACAACCCAUAUGUGUAUUACUGAUGGGCCUCCUGGAAUUUUGAAAAGCAUUUUAAGAAAUGUCACUUUUUUAAGAAAUGUCACUAAAUAUGUGACAUAUUUCAGAAUAACAAAAACCCUCAUUUCACAGGGAUAUUAUCUUCUGUUGCAGGAACAGAAGAAAUU